ACAACUUCCUGGGAUGCAGAGAGUACCCGCGCGCUUCUCUGUAAUUCUACCAUUGAAGAAAGCAUCACCACGGCAACGAUCCUUGGCCAGUCUGAUUCUGUGUUUUUUCCGAAGAGCAUCGGAGAGACAUCAGUGCCAGCAUCGCCACCAGCAAAAACAGCCGACAUGGUGAAGUUGGGCAGCAAUCUGUCGGAGAAACCGGAGAAGGAGCAGCAGGCCGCGGAGGACGGCUUCGACAACAUCCCGCUGAUCUCACCCCUGGACGUGAGUCAGCUCCAGCAGCCGUUUCCUGACAAGGUGAUUGUGAAAACAACGACGGAAUACCAGCUUCAGCAGAAGAAGAAGAAAAAAUUAUACGUUCCCGGCAUCAAGAAGCUGAACAUCAAUCUGUAUGAUGAGGUGUCUGAGAAGGUCAAGCUCACUGGACUGAUCCUGAUUACCAUGGUGUUCCUGGCCUGCCUGCUGCUCUUGGUCAUGUACAAAGCUCUAUGGUACGACCAGCUCAGCUGCCCCGAGGGCUUCAUCUUCAAGCACAAGCACUGCACCCCCGCAGCCCUGGAGAUGUAUUACUCUGAGCAGGAGACUGGCUCGCGAGGGAGCCUCUACACCGCCAUCAGCCACUUGAAGCAGGCCAAGAAGACCAUCCCCGAACUGCCGUCGCUAUGGUUACCCGUCACCAACGCUCUGAUCGAGGCGGAGAAGGCGAAAGAGGAGGGCAGCCACCUCCAGCAGUAGGGCGUCCGGGAGGCGACGGGAGAGACAACGUAAUUAAAACAAAAAAACGCUUGAGUCGGUGGUUAAUUAAAACCUAAUCAAAGUGUUACAGUUACGAAAAUGUCUAUUUAAAAAAACAAAAACAAAAAAAUCAAGUAAAAACACAAACGUCAAUAUAGUUUAGGAAUGUGCCUGAUUCAUGCUUUUACCCAGAAUGUUCGAAGCACCGGUAGGAGAGGACGGCUCUUCUGUGGGUCGCGUCCCUGUGACGUGGUAGGGGAACGAUCGUAAAAAAGCGAGGAGAGGUGUUGGGUUUUCGGUUCAGGGGCAGGUUGGAGAGAGACAUUCAAACACCAGCUAGCUUUCCAUCAGGAUUCCACCUGGAGACAGAUCAGUAUUUAUGUGUUAAAAUAAAUCUCUAAAAGAAAACGCGAUGAUUUUUAAUGUUCCUGUAGUACACACGCUCUUCUUAAACCCAUUUGCUUAAUGUUAACUUGAGUAUAGUGCUUCUCAUUCUGUACAGUACGUUAGGAGCACUAGAUAACGGUAUAGGCUACUUAAAUUACAGAAGGAUCGGCUUUAAGCCGCUAAGAGGUCCUCAUUGUGCAAAAAAAAAAAAACGCUGUCAUUGCAGUUUUGCUAAAAUCAGAAGAAAACAUCAGUGAUAAAUAAGUAUUUCCUUUGAGGAUUCAGAAACCAGUUCACGCAGCAAAAUGUUCAAAUGUGUAAACUCAGCUCUGAGAGUACCUUUAAAACGAAUAUAACAGUGCAUAUUGUCCCAAUUAGAGUUGACUUAACACUAAUAAUUUUGCUGUGCACUAUUAUCAAGACUUAUUUUGUAGAGGUUAACUUAUCUGAACACACUGCAAAAGCCUUAUAAAACUGUUUCAAUUGAUUAUACAUAUUCUUAGGGAUUAAUGGGUGUAUUGUAUUUUUGUCCAAGGUAACGUAUACUGUUGGCUACGUGGAGUGCCGUUUAGUUUUUGUUCCUUGAUUACUCUGCUAAUACCACUUGAGUAGUUUUUAGUGAAUGUCUGCUAAAAAUUUGUAUACCUUAGAACUUAAAGGGAACACAUUCUUAAAAGGGAACACUUUUUUCUCUCAAGAGUAUAUAAGCAUGUUAAAAAAAAUCACUUUCAAAUAAUAUAUGUAUGGCAACCAUUUUCAACAUCGAACACAUACUGCAGCCUUAAACAGGCUGAAUCAGUUCACUUGUGAUGAAUGUUCUCACAUUCACCAGCACUCGUUAAAGAACACAAAUUACAAUGACGUGCAUCUGCAGUAUUAAAGCGUAUUGCGAGUAUUUGAGUCCACUAUUGAGACUGUUAAUCUGAAAGUGCGUAAUUUGGGCACGACGACGUACGAAGUUAAAACGAUGUGUUUCUACGAUUCGCCGUGGAUGGGUAUGAAGGGAAAACGGUGAACAUUUGAACGCACAACAUUGACCUUUUGUUCAACUGUCUGAACUGAUGGAGGCUCUAGAGUACCGCAUCGUGUGACAUUGUUCGCCAAAACAGCUUCAUAACCCCGAGGAUUGUGCGUGCUUGUGCUUGUGGGUGUUAUAUGUGGGAGUUUGUGUGUGUGUGUAUGAGUGCAUGUACAUCGACAGUUUCAGCUAUUAGUUGCAGUAUGUGGUUUGUACACACAUUUAUGCGGUUAUAGUUUUUCUUUUUUUUUUGCACAUAAAUAUUUAUUUAUUGUGAAUAGUAUUUAUAUCUGUAUUUUCACAUCGUCACAGUGUUUGCUCUGAAGGUUUUUAUUUAUUUUGAUAUGGAACUUUGGGUGUUUUGUGAAGAAUCUUCUGUGCCACCGUGGGUAAAUUGCAAUAUGAUAUUGAGCAGCGGACGAUCUCAGAUUUAGUCACAGGUGCCAGACUCUGUGGAUCGAUUGAUCUCUUUGGUCGUUUGCUGUAGGAAGCAGCUUAAUAUUCUGACAGGUAUGAGCAUUCGGAUAGGAUGCUAAAAAAUAAUGCUCAAUGAGAAGUAGCUCGGAAACAUUUGUAAAACAAUUUUUAAAAAAGGUGUCAUUGAAAUUUGUACUGCAGCUCUUAGUCCAUGUCCAUUUCUCAGUCUCUCGACAGCACCUUGUAGCUUUCUCUCUCAGCGAAUGUGAUCUUAUCGUACUGUAGCAUACUGUACACUCUCUUGUGUGAAGUACUGGAAGUGCCAAAAUGAAUGCUGUGAUCAUCUGCUUUGGUCAUGACGAAAAAUUCAAUAAAUUAUUUGGUGUUCACCUUUCACAUUAAGAA